CCCAUUUAAGGUGCGGCAGGUGAACAGGUGCGAGCAAGAGCAGCGACCCAGUUUAAAUUCACUCCAACUACCGGCGUUGUGUGACUUUCUUCUCGCUAAACCAAGGAAUACAAGCAGAUAUUUUGUCAGAGGAGUGAUUUUAUUGAACUUUUGUCAAAGAAACGUCGUGUUUUGUUUUUUUUAAAUCGAAAACAGCUGCUUUUUAUUUUUACUUUUUUUUACAUAUAUAUUUAAUUCGUAAAAGCAAGUGGGGGGAACGAUGGCCCACUCCGGUAUGCAGAUUUUGGGGUUCGCUCUCGGCCUCCUUGCGGUGUUUGGACUCAUCAUUGGAACCAUUUUGCCCCAGUGGAAGAUGUCCGCCUUUGUUGGCUCGAACAUCAUCACGGCGGUGUCCAUGUACGACGGAUUAUGGAUGUCCUGCGCGUUCCAGAGCACGGGCCAGAUCCAGUGCAAAGUGUACGACUCCAUCCUGCAGCUCAACGGUGCUCUCCAGGCAACACGCGCCCUCAUGGUGUUGAGCAUUGUGGUCUCUGUGGCUGGUCUGGGUGUAGCUUGCAUGGGAAUGAAGUGCACCACCUGUGGUGGAGACGACAAAGUCAAAAAGAGUCGCAUUGCCAUGGCUGGAGGCAUCAUCAUGCUGGUUGGAGCUCUGUGCGCCAUCGUGGCCUGCGGCUGGUACACGAACGACAUCGUCCAAGCUUUCUACAACCCUUUCACUCCCGUCAAUUCAAAGUAUGAGUUUGGCGCCGCUAUCUUCAUCACCUGGGCCGGUGCCUUCUUGGGUCUCAUUGGGGGGUGCAUGUUGGCUGCAUCGUGCCCAAGACAGACAUCAAUUCCUGCUAAAGGCAGAUAUCCUCAAUCAACAGCAUCCUCCAUACCACUCAAGAGUCAUGUUUGAACCACCCGGACUUUGUUUUAACUAAAAUACUGUUUUUUUUGUUUUGUUUUUUUGUAUUAGUUUUAGCUCUGCGAUGGGGAGAAUGGAAAAUACUCAUGCAGUCGAUUUUAAAUGCUGCAUUUUAGUUUCUGCAGGGCUCCUCUUGUCAUGUUACUGUAUAUCUUAAGGAACUCAUUAAAGUUUUUAAAUGUCAGUUUACUGUUAAUGUUUUGUUUUUGGGGCCCCGUCUUGUUUUAUACCCCUGUAUCAUGUUGUGGGCAUAUCUGCAAAGCACACCUUCAGUGAAACCAAUGCAGAUCCUUUCAAUUUUAGUUUUUUUCCCCACUGUGGCAUUGUGUUGCUAUUGUCUGAGCAUGGAGCGCACUGAAAAGAUCAGAUUGUAACAGCCUAAACGAUGUGCUAUUGUCAUAAUCAGUGAAGACGUACCCCUAUAUCUAACAAAGUUAUGAUUGUUUCCAAAUGUACAUUAAGUCGAGCCUUCCAAGCCUCAAACCACAUUUAAUGCUGUUGUUGGGUUUAGAGGAUUGGCUAAAAUUUCAUCAAUGUUCUGCAUAAAGUUGCUUGUGAUUUUAUCCUUUUUUAUACUUUUAAAUUUGUGUAUAUAAUAAAGAGUGAAAAAUCAAAUUGAAAGGAA